CAUGAAGUUUUCACUGGAUGACUUUGUUCCUGCUCUGGCUGCUUAAGGACUCUCUUCUUCCAGGCUGGGGACCGAGAGAGAGAGAGAGAGAGAGAGAGAGAGAGAGAGAGAGCUGAAGAGACCUAGGAGGGGAUGCCCUGAGCCCUGAAGCCCACCUCUGCUACCAACUUCCUGUCAGCCUUGCAGCUUAAGGCUUGGUCCCGUCUGGGGGAACUCUCAAGAGAGAAAAGCCUCUGAGGACGCUGAACAGUAGGGAAUGGGGAUUUGAACCUGGGUCCUUGCGCAUUGCAACAUCUCAAAGCAGAGAUGGCCAGUAAAGUCCAGCUGAAGCUGGCCUUUUAUUUGAGCAUCAUGGAGAAGGAGGAGCUGAAGGAGUUCCUGCUUCAGCUGCCUGAGAAAGAAAUCUCUGGUCACCCUCCCAUGGAGACCACAGUUCAACCAGAGAAAGCAGAUGCCAUGGAGGUGGCCUCACGCCUGGUGUCACAGUACGGGGAGCAGCGGGCCUGGGAGCUGACACUCCACACCUGGGAGAUGAUGGGCUUGAGGAGGUUGAGUGCCCAGGUCCAGAAAGAGGCAAACUUCAUGUCAGACCAGUCCACGUCAGUUCUUUGCUCCCCAACUGCACCCAGCCUUGAGUCGCCCAGCCGGCCUACCCCCACCAAGGUGCUGAAGCUUUGUAACCCUGAAACUCUGAUACUCUUCCAGGACCCAGAGAAAGAGACUUUGCAACACCUGCCUGAGCCAACUCGGCAUUUACAUGAAGAAGAUUCUGCCCACGUGUACCAAGCUCUUCCAAACUCCUCAGACCAUGAGUUACCAAGCCAAGAUUCUCCCAAUGCCCCCAUAUCCACUGCGGUGCUGGGGGCCUGGGCACCUACAUGCAAGCCCAGCCCAGUAUCCAUAAAGCAGAAGGCUCCUGCGACUUGGCUUCGGGAUGAAAUAUCUGGAAGCCUCUGUGCAGAAAUCCAAGAAGAAUACAAAAGGGGAGAGAGGUCCUGUCCCACACAGUCAUGGAAAAAUGAGAAUUUGCUGCAAAAAUUCACACAGCUGUUGCUUCUACAUGUAUCUCACCCACAACAUCAUGAAGGCUUCAUCAGUGGAAGCUGGCAUCAUAGAAAGAGAGAAGAGUUAGGGUUUUUUAUUGAAAUUGGAGAAUUAUUUGGCCCAUCCUUGGAUACCCAGAAAGAGUUCCACACCAUCAUACUACAUGGGCAUGCUGGAAUUGGGAUGUCUACACUGGCCAGGCAGGUGAAGCAAUCUUGGGAGGAAGACCAACUAUACAGUGACCGCUUCCAGCAUGUGUUGUAUUUCAACUGCAGAGAGUUGAACCGGUUCAAGACAAUGAGUCUCUCUGAACUCAUCUCAAAAGACUCGGCAGCCCCUGAUAUUCUCACAGAACAGAUGCUAUCUCAGUCGGGACAGAUGCUCUUUAUCCUUGAUGGUUUGGAUGAACUAAAAUGUAUCAUGGAUGAUGAGGGUUCCCACCUCUCUGUACAUUGGCGACAGCAACAGCCAGUGCAUAAACUGUUGAGAAGUUUGCUAGAGAAAAUCAUACUUUCUGAGGCAUCCUUGCUGAUCACAAUUCAGACCAGCUCUCUUCAGAAGUUAAUUCCUUCUUUGAAACAGCCACAUUUGGUGGAGGUCUUGGGCUUCUCUGAGACUCGCAGGAAGGACUAUUUCUACCAGUAUUUCACAGAGGAAAAUCAAGCAAGGAGAGCCCUUAGCGUGGUGGAAUCAAACCCAGCCCUCUGGGCCCUGUGCCUCAUGCCCUGGGUGUCCUGGCUGGCAUGCACCUGCCUGAAGCAGCAGAUGAGGCGAGGACAAGAACUCUCACUGACAUGCCAGACCACCACGGCCCUCUGCCUGCAGUUCCUGUCCCGGAAUCUGUCAGAUAAGUCAUUUAGAGAUCAGCUGAGGGGCUUGUGCUCUCUGGCCACACACAGUAUCUGGAGUGGAGAGACAGAGUUCACUCCUUUAGAACUCAUGCAGUACAGGCUAGAUGACCCUGUCAUCUCCUCUCUCUUAAAGAUGGGUAUUCUCCAAAAGCACCCCACCUCUCUGCUCUACAACUUCACUCACCUAUGUUUCCAGGAGUUCUUUGCAGCUAUGUCCUGUGCAUUGAAGUACACUGAGACAAGUGAUAUUGUAAACCCUUUCAACCAUGUCAAAUUUUUGCUAGAAAGAGAUUGGAGGGAUGAUGUGUUUGGGGCACCAACCACACAUUUCCUAUUUGGCCUUUUGAGUGAGCAUGGAAUGAGAGAGCUGGAGAGCAUCUUCAGAUGCAGGCUGUCUCGGAAGAGCAAAUGGAAACUAUCCCAGUGUAUCCAAAAGAAGUUCCAGGAAGAGCAGUACUCCCAGCAGCCCUACUCCUUACAGUUAUUCCAUUGUUUAUAUGAAAUUCAGGAACAGGACUUCCUGAUAGAAGUAAUGACCCAUUACCAAGGAACCAGGAUGUAUUUGCAAACAGACUUCGAGCUCCUGAUCUUCACUUUCUGCAUUAAACUCUGCCACCGUGUGAAGAGACUACAACUGAAUGAAGGGGGACAGCACAGGCAAGGCUGGACACCCCCUGAUGUUGUUCUGUUCACUUGUUUCUUACUCACAGAUGCCUGCUGGAAGGUUCUCUUCUCUACCUCUGGGAUCAUAGGGAGCCUAGAGGAGCUGGACCUGAGUGGAAACUUCCUCAGUGAAUCUGCAGUGCAGAGUCUGUGUGAGGCCCUGGGGUCCUCACUCUGCCACCUUCAAACCCUGAGAUUGGAGAACUGUGGCCUCACAUCCAGCUGCUGCCAGGACCUGGCCUCUGCACUCAGCUCCAGCCCCAGCCUGACAGAGCUUGACCUGUGUCAGAAUGACCUGGGCGACCUAGGUGUAAAGCUGCUCUGUGAAGUGCUCAGACAUCCUUCCUGUCAACUCAGGCUCCUGAGACUGGACCAAGCCCAGCUGAGUGAGGAGGUGAUGGAGAUGCUGAGGGCCCUGCAGAAGGAGAAGACUCAGCUGAACAUCUCAGACAGUUGGAAUCCACAUAUGACAGUCCCUACUGAGGGCCCUGGCAGAAGAGAUAAAGCAUGUGAUAAUGCGUCUUCAUUCAAGCAGGAAAGACCAGUAUCAGAGGGGAGCUCCCCACAAGUAGCACAGGUGGAACUUGUCUGCCUGUCUUCUUCUCCUACCCCUGUGGGAGACCUGCAUGUGAUGCCUGUGGGGAAUGAAGAUGACUUCUGGGGUCCAACAGGGCCUGUGGCUACAAAGCUGGUGGACAAGGAGAAGAGCUUAUACAGGGUUCACUUUCCUGAUGCUGGCUCCUACCACUGGCCCAGCACAGGUCUCCAUUUUGUGUUGAGAAGACCAGUCACCAUUGAGAUUGAAUUCUGUGACUGGAAACAGUUCUUGGACAGGAUUGUCCCACAGCAGAGUUGGAUGGUGGCUGGUCCUCUAUUUGACAUCAGGACUGAUCCAGGAGCUGUGGAAGCUGUGUACCUCCCUCACUUUGUGAGCCAGCAGGGGGAACCUGUGGACAUCUCCCAGUUCCAUGUGGCCCACUUCAAAGAAGAGGGCAUGGUCCUGGAGCAGCCUGCCCGGGUGGAGCCCUGUUACACAGUCCUAGAGAAUCCCAGCUUCUCCCCCAUAGGAGUUCUACUGAAAAUACUCUCUGUUGCUCUGAGCUUCAUUCCUAUAAACUCCAUUGUGUUGCUCUACCACCAUAUCCAUCUUGAGGAAAUCACCUUCCACCUCUACCUGAUCCCCAGUGACUGCUCCAUUCGGAAGGCCAUAGAUGAUGAGGAAAAAAAGUUCCAGUUUGUGAGGUUACACAAGCCACCCCCACUGACUCCACUCUACAUGGGCUCCCGUUACACUGUCUCUGGUUCACAGAAGAUGGAAAUCAUCCCCCAGGAACUUGAGCUCUGCUACCGGAGCUGUGGAGAAGCUCAGCUGUUCUCUGAGAUCUAUGUUGGACAUUCGGAGUCAGGGAUCAGGCUGCACAUAACAAACAAGAAAGACAGCACUGUGGUAUGGGAGGCCCUGGUAAAACCAGGCGAUCUCACACCUGCAGGUACUGAGGCCUCUCCAGUCCCGACAGGUGCCCCAGCCUUGCUGCAUUUUGUGGAUCAGUGUCAGGAGCAACUGGUGGCUCGAGUGACCUCAGUAGACCCUGUCCUGGACAAGCUUCUCGGAUCAGUAAUCGACGAUGAACAGUAUGAAACUGUACGGGCUGAGGCCACCAAGCCAAGCCAGAUGCGGAGAUUGUUUAGAUUCAGCCGGUCCUGGGACUGGGCCUGCAAAGAUCUUCUCUACCAAGCUCUGAAGGAGACACAUCCUCACCUAAUUAAGGAUCUCUGGGAAAAGGGGAGAGGAGGGGGAGAACUCAAGGCACUUGACAGGCUGGGCAGUUAAGUCUGAGCACCUAUGUGUUAGUGCUUGUCUUGGACUAAGCAAGCUUUGGUUCGGUUUCUUCUACUCUAAGUAAGCUGCCUGUAAGCUCUGAAGUUAUGGAACAUUGAGGACAGACACCUCUGCUGGGCAAUGAUGCUCAUGUCCAGUGAUACCACACAGAUGGUUUCCCUUGGAUGGAGUGGCAGCAUUUCAGGGGACAACCAUUUGGAGCUGAGGGACUCUACAGAUCCUGUAGAACCUAUACCCUGAGCCUCGUCUGGUGGGCAUACUAGCCAAGGCCAGAGCCUCUCCUGUGCAUCCAGAGCAAGAGAGAAAAACAUAGCACACGGCCAGGCAGUGGUGCACCUGGUCAAGUGCUCACAUCACAGUGCGCAAUGAUACAGGCUCAAGCCCCUGGACUCCACU